CUUUUGCAGAGCUCUGUAUCAUCUUGACGAGCCCUGCUGUUCUUUCUGGAAGUCCAGCAAAUUGAAAGCCACACAGCUCUACUUUUGGUUAUUUUCUUCACAACUUUGAUCUUGCUUCACAUAGUCUCUCCCAAAGGACUAUCUCCUUAGGGAAUUCCAGUUGCUUGUUUUCAUGACUCUGAGCCUAUUUAACCAGCGAUGGAGCAGAUGGACUGCAAACCCUACCAGCCACUGUCUAAAGUUAAACAUGAAGUGGAUCUAACUUACACAAGUUCCUCAGAUGAAAGUGAAGAUGGGAGAAAGCAACGGCAAUCUUAUGACUCCAGAGAAACUCUGAAUGAAUAUAGCCAAGAGCUGAGACUUAAUUAUAACAGUCACAGCAGAAAAAGAAAAACUGUUGACCAAUCUACUCAAGACAUGGAGUUCUGCGAGCCUCCCCGCAUCCUGUGCUCGGGCUACCAGGGCGACGUGCGCGGUGUGUCUGAGCACAGCUACCCGCUGGAGGUGGGCUCCGACGGCGACACUGAGACGGAAGGCGGCGCCUCGCCGGACCAUGCCCUGCGCAUGUGGAUGAGGGGGAUGAAAUCGGAGCACAGCUCCUGCUUGUCCAGCCGGGCAAACUCCGCCUUGUCCCUGACUGACACUGACCACGAAAGGAAGUCUGACGGGGAGAAUGGUAAUGAAGAAACGCAUCUACUCCCAGAGGGAGAAUGCGAGUGCGGCGCGAUCCGAGCAGCAGCGUGUGCCGUACGCUGGAACGGGCGAGGAGUCCGACCAGCUUCCUCCAGCUCUGCGCUGCUGGCACAGUCCAAACUACGUUGGCCCCCACAACCAGUUCCCGCGGCCCCCACGCCCCCCGCCAGCACCCAGGAGUCCGUGCAUCUCCAUAACAGCUGGGUCCUGAACAGCAACAUACCGCUGGAAACCAGGCAUUUCCUAUUUAAACAUGGAUCUGGGUCUUCAGCUAUCUUCAGUGCAGCCAGUCAGAACUAUCCUUUAACCUCCAAUACUGUUUACUCUCCACCUCCUAGGCCUCUUCCUAGAAGUACCUUUUCUAGACCUGCCUUCACUUUUAACAAACCUUACAGGUGUUGCAACUGGAAGUGCACUGCUUUGAGCGCCACUGCUAUUACAGUUACGCUGGCGUUGUUGCUAGCCUAUGUUAUCGCAGUACACUUGUUUGGUUUAACCUGGCAACUACAGCCUGUUGAAGGGCAGCUAUACGAAAAUGGAGUUAGCAAAGGAAAUAGAGGAACAGAAUCCAUGGAUACUACUUACCCACCGAUUGGAGGAAAAGUUUCUGAUAAAACAGAAAAAAAAGUGUUUCAGAAGGGACGGGCCAUAGACACAGGAGAAGUUGAGAUUGGAACACAAGUUAUGCAGACCAUCCCACCCGGUUUAUUCUGGCGCUUUCAGAUUACUAUACAUCACCCCAUGUACCUGAAAUUUAACAUUUCACUGGCGAAGGAUUCUCUGCUGGGAAUUUAUGGCAGAAGAAACAUUCCACCUACUCAUACUCAGUUUGAUUUUGUAAAACUGAUGGAUGGAAAACAGUUAAUUAAACAAGAACCAAGAAACUCAGAGGAGCCUCCGCAAGCUCCCCGGAAUCUGAUCUUAACUUCAUUGCAAGAGACAGGUUUCAUUGAAUAUAUGGAUCAAGGAGCUUGGCACAUGGCAUUUUACAAUGAUGGAAAGAAAGUGGAACAAGUAUUUGUACUAACUACAGCAAUUGAAGUCCUGGAUGACUGCUCUACUAAUUGCAAUGGGAAUGGCGAAUGUAUCUCGGGGCACUGCCACUGUUUCCCAGGGUUCCUUGGUCCUGAUUGUGCAAAAGAUUCGUGCCCAGUGCUAUGCAGUGGAAAUGGAGAAUAUGAGAAAGGCCACUGUGUAUGUCGAAACGGGUGGAAAGGACCAGAAUGUGACGUUCCAGAAGAACAGUGCAUUGAUCCAACCUGCUUUGGCCAUGGCACUUGUAUCAUGGGAGUCUGCAUCUGUGUCCCUGGAUACAAAGGAGAGAUUUGUGAGGAAGAGGACUGCCUGGAUCCGAUGUGUUCUGGCCAUGGUGUUUGCGUCCAAGGGGAAUGCCACUGCUCCGCAGGCUGGGGUGGCGUGAACUGCGAGACAUCCCUCCCUGUGUGCCAGGAACAGUGCUCGGGUCAUGGGACGUUUCUCCUGGAUACAGGACUCUGCAGCUGUGAGCCACAGUGGACGGGUUCAGACUGUUCAACAGAGCUCUGUACCCUGGACUGUGGUAGCCACGGCGUUUGCUCCAGAGGGAUAUGCCAGUGCGAGGAAGGCUGGGUAGGACCAACCUGUGAAGAACGUACCUGCCACUCUCACUGUGCUGAGCAUGGCCAGUGCAAAGAUGGGAAGUGUGAGUGCAGCCCUGGAUGGGAAGGGGACCACUGCACCAUUGCUCACUACUUAGAUGCUGUUCGAGAUGGCUGCCCAGGGCUCUGCUAUGGAAAUGGGAGAUGCACUCUUGAUCAGAAUGGAUGGCACUGUGUUUGUCAAGUGGGCUGGAGUGGUACAGGAUGUAAUGUUGUCAUGGAAAUGGUGUGUGGAGAUAACCUGGACAAUGAUGGAGAUGGCUUGACAGACUGCGUAGACCCUGACUGUUGUCAGCAAAGCAAUUGUUAUGCAAGUCCUCUCUGCCAAGGUUCACCUGAUCCCCUUGACCUUAUUCAACACAGCCAACCGCCUUUCUCGCAGCAUCCUCCAAGGCUCUUCUAUGAUCGAAUCAGAUUCCUGAUUGGGAAGGAAAGCACUCAUGUAAUCCCAGGAGAUGUCUCAUUUGAGAGCAGACGUGCCUGUGUCAUUCGAGGCCAGGUGGUUGCAGUAGAUGGGACACCUUUGGUUGGAGUGAACGUCAGUUUUCUACACCACAAUGAGUACGGAUACACCAUCAGUCGACAAGAUGGAAGUUUUGACCUUGUGGCUGUUGGAGGCAUCUCUGUCACUCUAGUUUUUGACAGAUCUCCUUUCAUAUCUGAAAAAAGGACACUUUGGUUACCUUGGAAUAGAUUUAUCAUUGUAGACAAAGUUGUAAUGCAAAGAACAGAGUCAGAAAUACCAUCUUGUGACAUCAGUAGUUUUAUUAGCCCAAAUCCCAUCGUACUCCCUUCACCCUUGACAGCAUUUGGAGGGUCCUGUCCAGAAAGAGGAACCGUUAUUCCAGAGCUACAGGUGGUCCAGGAGGAAAUCCCAAUUCCUUCCAGCUUUGUGAAGCUUAGUUAUCUCAGCAGUCGAACACCAGGGUAUAAAACUUUGCUGCGCAUUAUUCUGACACACACGACCAUCCCUUCUGGAAUGACGAAAGUACAUCUGAUAGUUGCUGUUGAAGGACGUCUGCUCCAGAAAUGGUUUCCUGCUGCAACCAAUUUGGUCUACACAUUUGCCUGGAAUAAGACAGAUAUAUAUGGGCAAAAGGUUUCUGGUCUGGCAGAGGCUAUGGUGUCUGUGGGAUAUGAAUAUGAAACGUGUCCUGAUUUUAUUCUAUGGGAGAAAAGAACAGUGAUCCUUCAAGGCUUUGAGAUGGAUGCUUCAAACCUGGGAGGCUGGUCUAUAAACAAACACCAUGUGCUGAAUCCGCAAAGUGGGAUCGUGCACAAAGGCAAUGGGGAGAACAUGUUCAUUUCCCAGCAGCCGCCAGUCAUCUCGACCGUGAUGGGUAACGGGCACCAGCGAAGUGUCUCCUGCUCCAACUGCAACGGGCUCGCGCUCAACAGCAAACUCUUUGCCCCUGUCGCUCUUGCUUCAGGUCCCGAUGGCAGUGUGUAUAUCGGGGACUUCAAUUUUGUCAGACGAGUCUUCCCUUCAGGGAAUUCUAUUGGCGUUUUAGAGCUAAGGAAUAGAGACACAAGACACAGUACAAGUCCUGCACAUAAGUAUUACUUGGCUGUUGACCCAGUGUCAGAAUCCCUUUACUUGUCAGAUACGAACACCAGAAAAGUCUACAAAGCAAAAUCUCUCAUUGAAACAAAGGAUCUGGCCAAGAAUGUGGAUGUGGUGGCCGGCACGGGUGAUCAGUGCCUGCCGUUUGACCAGAGUCACUGCGGCGAUGGUGGAAAGGCAUCCGAGGCCUCGCUCAACAGUCCAAGAGGUAUCACUGUAGAUAAGCACGGAUUUAUUUACUUCGUUGAUGGUACCAUGAUUCGGAAAAUUGAUGAGAAUGGUGUGAUCACAACAAUAAUAGGUUCAAAUGGCCUCACAUCAACCCAGCCAUUGAGCUGUGACUCUGGAAUGGACAUCACUCAGGUGCGGUUAGAGUGGCCAACAGACCUCGCAGUGAACCCACUAGACAAUUCACUCUAUGUCCUGGACAACAACAUCGUUCUGCAGAUCUCUGAGAACAGGCGCGUGCGGAUUAUUGCGGGGCGCCCUAUUCACUGCCAGGUGCCAGGCAUCGAUCACUUCAUCGUCAGCAAGGUGGCCAUCCAUUCAACCCUGGAGUCAGCCAGAGCGAUCGCUGUGUCUCACAGUGGCAUACUGUACAUUGCAGAAACAGAUGAAAGAAAGAUCAACCGUAUACAACAGGUCACAACCAAUGGUGAGAUCUCUGUCAUUGCUGGAGCCCCGUCAGACUGUGACUGCAAGAUUGAUCCUAAUUGUGACUGUUUCUCAGGUGAUGGUGGAUAUGCCAAAGAUGCAAAGCUGAAAGCACCUUCUUCUCUAGCAGUCUCCCCUGAUGACACACUCUAUGUAGCAGACCUUGGCAACGUCCGCAUCCGUGCAGUCAGCCGAAACAAGGCUCAUCUCAGUGACCUGAAUAUGUACGAGAUUGCAUCGCCGGCGGACCAGGAGCUGUAUCAGUUCACCAUCAACGGAACCCACCUCCACACGCUCAACCUCAUAACCAGGGACUAUAUUUACAAUUUCACCUACAGUGGAGAAGGGGAUAUUGGCACAAUCACGAGCAGCAAUGGGAAUUCAGUUCAUAUUCGCAGAGACACAAGCGGGUUGCCCCUGUGGCUGGUGGUUCCCGGCGGCCAGGUGUACUGGCUGACAAUAAGCAGCAAUGGUGUUCUCAAAAGAGUUUAUGCCCAAGGCUACAACCUGGCGUUGAUGACAUAUCCUGGAAACACAGGACUUUUAGCAACCAAAAGCGAUGAAAAUGGAUGGACAACUGUGUAUGAGUACGACUCUGAUGGCCAUCUGACCAACGCAACAUUCCCAACUGGUGAAGUUAGUAGUUUCCACAGUGAUGUUGAAAAACUGACACGAGUAGAACUUGAUACUUCAAACAGAGAAAAUGUGAUCACAGCCACAAACUUCUCAGCUACCUCUACAAUAUAUACUUUAAAACAAGAUAACACGCAGAAUAUCUACCGGGUCAGCCCAGAUGGGUCUCUGAGAGUCACCUUUGCCAGUGGAAUGGAAAUCACUCUUAACACAGAGCCUCAUAUUCUAGCAGGAGUCGUCAGCCCCACUUUAGGGAAGUGCAACAUCUCCCUUCCUGGAGAGCAUAACUCAAAUCUCAUUGAAUGGAGGCAAAGAAGGGAGCAGACCAAAGGCAAUAUCUCUACGUUUGAGAGAAGGUUAAGGGCCCACAAUAGAAAUCUGCUAUCCAUUGAUUUUGAUCAUGUAACCAGAACAGGAAAGAUUUAUGAUGAUCAUCGAAAAUUCACUCUUCGGAUUAUGUAUGACCAGACAGGACGCCCAAUUUUGUGGUCACCCAUCAGCAAGUAUAAUGAGGUCAAUAUCACUUAUUCACAUUCUGGAUUAGUGACCUAUAUCCAAAGAGGAACCUGGACUGAGAAAAUGGAAUAUGAUCCAAGUGGGAACAUAAUUUCCAGAACAUGGGCAGAUGGUAAAAUAUGGAGUUACACAUAUUUAGAAAAGUCGGUGAUGCUGCUCUUGCACAGCCAGCGCCGCUACAUCUUUGAGUACGACCAGUCAGACUAUCUGCUCUCAGUUACCAUGCCGAGCAUGGUGCGCCACGGCCUGCAGACCAUGCUCUCCGUUGGGUACUACCGGAACAUCUACACCCCACCCGACAGUAACGCUGCUUUCAUACAAGAUUUCACCAGGGAUGGACGCCUUCUGCAAACGUUGUAUCCUGGAACAGGACGCAGAGUCCUUUACAAAUAUACCAAACAAUCCCGACUGGCCGAGAUUCUUUAUGAUACUACUCAAGUCACCUUCACUUACGAGGAAUCUUCUGGGGUUAUUAAAACGAUACACUUAAUGCACGAUGGGUUCAUCUGCACCAUCAGAUACAGGCAAACAGGUCCUCUUAUUGGCCGCCAGAUCUUCAGGUUUAGUGAAGAAGGGCUUGUAAACGCCAGAUUUGACUACAGCUACAACAAUUUCCGUGUCACAAGCAUGCAGGCCAUGAUAAACGAGACGCCUCUUCCCAUAGAUCUGUACCGUUAUGUUGAUGUCUCUGGCAGGACUGAACAGUUUGGGAAAUUCAGUGUAAUUAAUUAUGAUUUAAACCAAGUUAUAACCACCACUGUGAUGAAGCAUACGAAAAUUUUUAGUGCCAACGGCCAGGUGAUCGAAGUACAAUAUGAAAUUCUCAAGUCUAUCGCUUACUGGAUGACCAUCCAGUAUGAUAAUAUGGGUCGUAUGGUGAUCUGUGAUAUACGCGUAGGUGUAGAUGCCAAUAUAACAAGAUACUUUUAUGAAUACGAUGCUGAUGGUCAACUUCAGACUGUGUCUGUGAAUGACAAAACCCAGUGGCGUUACAGCUAUGACCUUAAUGGCAACAUCAACUUGCUGAGUCAUGGAAACAGUGCUCGCCUCACUCCUCUGAGAUACGAUCUUAGAGAUCGCAUUACCAGACUUGGAGAAAUUCAGUAUAAAAUGGAUGAAGAUGGUUUUCUCAGACAAAGAGGCAAUGAAAUCUUUGAGUACAACUCCAACGGUCUGCUGAGCAAAGCUUACAACAAAGUAUCUGGCUGGACCGUGCAGUACUGUUAUGAUGGUCUUGGAAGACGAGUUGCAAGCAAAUCAAGUCUAGGACAACAUCUACAAUUCUUCUAUGCUGAUCUCUCCAACCCAAUAAGAGUUACUCACUUGUACAAUCAUACUAGCUCAGAAAUAACAUCCCUGUAUUAUGAUCUUCAAGGUCAUCUCAUUGCAAUGGAAUUAAGCAGUGGAGAAGAAUAUUAUGUUGCUUGCGAUAACACUGGAACACCUCUGGCUGUAUUCAGCAGUCGGGGCCAAGUCAUAAAAGAAAUUUUGUACACUCCCUACGGAGAGAUCUACCAGGACACAAAUCCAGAUUUCCAGGUUAUCAUUGGUUUUCAUGGAGGACUCUAUGAUUCUCUAACUAAAUUAGUUCAUCUGGGCCAGAGGGAUUAUGACAUUAUCGCUGGUCGGUGGACAACACCAAAUCAUCAUAUAUGGAAACACCUGAAUGCUGUUCCACAACCAUUUAAUCUCUAUUCUUUUGAAAAUAACUACCCAGUUGGCAGAAUCCAAGAUGUUGCUAAGUAUACAACAGACAUUGGAAGCUGGCUAGAGCUGUUUGGUUUCCAGUUGCACAACGUACUACCUGGCUUCCCAAAACCAGAGAUAGAAGCUUUGGAGACAACAUAUGAACUUCUACAACUUCAAACCAAAACCCAAGAGUGGGAUCCUGGAAAGACUAUCCUUGGUAUUCAGUGUGAGCUACAAAAGCAACUGCGGAACUUCAUAUCUUUGGAUCAGCUUCCUAUGACUCCCAGGUAUAGUGAUGGCAAGUGCUAUGAAGGAGUGAAGCAAGCCAGGUUUGCAGCUAUUCCUUCAGUUUUUGGAAAAGGCAUCAAAUUUGCUAUCAAGGAUGGUAUAGUGACAGCAGACAUUAUAGGCGUGGCUAAUGAGGACAGCCGGCGCAUUGCUGCUAUCCUCAACAAUGCUCACUAUCUGGAGAACCUGCAUUUCACCAUAGAGGGCCGCGACACCCAUUACUUCAUCAAGCUGGGGUCUUUAGAAGAAGAUUUGGCACUAAUUGGCAACACCGGUGGACGACGCAUUUUGGAGAAUGGUGUCAAUGUCACUGUGUCCCAGAUGACUUCUGUAAUAAAUGGAAGGACUAGACGGUUUGCUGAUAUACAACUCCAGCAUGGUGCGCUGUGUUUUAACGUUCGGUAUGGAACAACCAUAGAAGAAGAGAAGAACCAUGUCUUAGAAAUAGCCAGGCAGAGAGCUGUUGCUCAGGCCUGGACUAAGGAACAAAGACGGCUGCAGGAAGGGGAAGAAGGGAUUAGAGCAUGGACAGAUGGAGAGAAACAGCAGCUUUUAAGCACUGGGCGAGUACAAGGCUACGAUGGAUAUUUUGUUUUAUCAGUGGAGCAGUAUCUAGAACUUUCUGACAGUGCCAAUAAUAUUCACUUUAUGAGACAGAGUGAAAUAGGCAGAAGGUAACAAAGAAAAUCUCUGCCUUUGCGUCACCAAAGACUGCCUGUUUUUAAACAUAAAAUGGUUUAUUGUAUUGGUUUUUCUAGAUCAGAACUCUGUAUAUGUAAAUAUAGAGGAAAAAACAUAUCCAACUGCCUUUAAAUGUGACAGAAGAUGGUAUUUUAAUAUUGUUCGUUUAACUCUUUGAGAAACGACAGUGGAGAUUUUUAGUUCUCGUGUGGCAGUAUGCAAACGUUUCCGAGGCGGA